AAGGCGGGACGAAAACAAACAUGGCGACUGGUGUUGAUCUGCAGAAAGCAGUCCGUCAGCUUAUUUCUUCAGUCACUUCUCCUCCCAGCGGCUCUCAGAGCAAAGUCCUCUCACUCGAGGAUGCUGUGGCUAACCUUGAAACCACUGAUGAAAAUUUCCACAGCUAUGAUCUAGUAAAGUAUGUUCAUGGUCAGAUUGAGUCAGUCGUUGAUCCACUGAUCGAUGAGAGACUAAAGAAACAUGGCGGACUAUCACACGGAGAAGAACAUGAUAUAGUAGCUCUUAUUACUGACGAUAUACUGACAUCUCCUGAUCCAGCUGGUCUAAGUUAUCUUCAUUCCCUCCACUCGCUGAAUGUCGUGGGUCAUUUGUUGCUGUACAGUCAGGGACGGGACGUCAUUGGAGCUGUUCUACAGAAAAUUAAUAAUAAUGGUAUUAAUAAUGUCAGCUCGUUAAUCCAGCACUUGAUUGAACUGUUAUUAAAUUGGCCACAGAGCAACCUCAAAAAGAUGUCGUGUGACAGUCAUGUGAGUCUCGACCCUACUGUUGUGUUGCGGAAUUUGUUUGGCGAGUUAGCGUCAAGGAACAACCUCUGCUCUAGUCUACUGUGUCAGGAUAAUGUGAUGGAUGUCAUAUUGUCACAUUUGAACAGCUCUACUAAAAGUAAAGUUGUUAAUGUCUCGCUGGUUGAUAUUAUUAAUAAUUCAUUGGCUGUUCUUGCUUCCACUGAUAACGGGAAAUGUUACCUAUUGAAGGCAUCACCUAAAAGAAAGGAAUCAGUUGCUGAUACAAUAGCUCAAUUUGUUGUCAAGUCUCUACAAAGUGGUCACGCUCACAACUCCUCAAACUCACAGCUGGUGUAUUCCUGUUUGCUCGUCUGUCGUCAGUUGUACUCCACUUGCGACGGAGUCCUCUCCUUGUUACCUUAUGAUCUUCAUCUACACAUUGUGAAGGCUAUACAGAGUGUAGGCGUGGCUGGAGGUGUGGCUAAUAGCGAUGAUACAUUGAAGACAAAGUUGAUUGAUAAUUUAUUAAAUUUUGCUGGAACGCCAAAGGGUAUUGAACUGUUGGAAGGUUCCGGUUUAAUUGGCGAAUGUAUUAAUCACAUGAGACGCAGAUACCAGCUGAAAUUACAAGUGAGCCAGUGUGAGAAGUUUGGUUAUGGUUACAUGGUGUCAGAAGUAGCAUCUACCUCAACUGGAAUAACCCAUUUAAUUAACAGUGGUAAUUGCAGGGGCAAAACCCCUAUAAUAAUGUAUUAAAAGUAGGGU